CAGUCUAAAGAUUUAGUUGCACCGGGUAAUGGGAAACGAUCGCGUUACAAAAAAGAUAAAGAUGUCGGCUUUGGAACAGCUUAAGAAAAUAACUACAAUUGUAGCGGAUACCGGCGACUUCGAUGCUAUAAAUAUAUAUAAGCCUACUGAUGCCACGACUAAUCCAUCGCUUAUAUUGUCGGCCUCGACUAUGGAGCGCUACCAAUACAUAGUUAAAAAUGCUGUCGAAUAUGGAAAGAAGAAAGAUGGACCACUGGAGAACAAGGUAUCGGAGGCGAUGGAUUAUUUGUGCGUAUUGUUCGGCUGCGAAAUUCUAAAAGUUGUUCCGGGCAGAGUUUCCACCGAAAUAGAUGCACGUCUUUCGUUUGAUACGAAGAAAAGCGUGGAGAAGGCAUUGAAAUUAAUUGAUUUAUACGCGAGCUUCGGAAUUAAAAAGGACCGCAUUUUAAUAAAACUUGCCUCAACGUGGGAGGGUAUCAAAGCGGCAGAAAUUCUGGAAAAACAGCAUGGAGUGCACUGCAAUCUCACUCUGUUAUUCUCAUUUGCCCAAGCUGUGGCUUGUGCCGAAGCUGGUGUGACACUAAUCUCCCCCUUUGUUGGCCGCAUCUUGGAUUGGUAUGUGGCGAACACAGAGACCAAGAAAUUCGAGCCGAAAGCUGAUCCUGGCGUUAUCUCAGUGACGAAUAUCUACAACUACUACAAGAAAUAUGACUAUAAGACAUUGGUGAUGGGCGCAUCCUUCAGAAACAUUGGCGAAAUUAAGGCGUUAGCUGGUUGCGAUUUGCUUACGAUCAGCCCAAGCUUACUAAAGGAACUGGAGAAUGAUGAUGUCGUACUGGAGACAGCUCUAUCUGUGUCCAAUGCGAAGCUACAGGAUAUUCAGAAGAUUACCAUUGAUGAGAGUCGAUUCAGGUGGUUGCUCAAUGAGGAUGCCAUGGCAACUGACAAAUUGUCUGAGGGCAUACGCAAAUUUGCUGUUGAUACAGUGAAACUGGAAAAUGUCAUCAAAAAAAUGUUUGCCUGAAUUUAAAUGUACAAAAUGAAUUUGUAAAAA